GGCCGGGCCGGGGGCGGCUGGCAGGAAGCUGCGCCUAUCUUCCGCUACAGGAGGAGCAGGUGGCUGCUGAGCGGCCCGGGCCCUAGGCUUCCUGUGUGUGCGCCAGCCUGCUGCUCUCCCGCCCCAGCUCGGGCUACAGCGGCCCGCCCAGCUGGGUUCCAUGGCCCAGACCCCGGACUGCAUCUCCUGUGAGCUGCGAGGCGAGAUCACCAGGUUCCUGUGGCCAAAGGAAGCAGAGCUGCUUCUAAAAACCUGGCUUCCCCAGGAAGGUGUUGAGCGAAGUUACAUUCUGGCACUGCUGCGAUGGAGGGCCUACCUGCUACACACCAGUCUCCCACUGAGGGUGGAUUGCACUUUCAGCUACCUAGAGGUCCAGGCCAUGACACUGCAGGAGACACCCCCUCAGGUCACAUUUGAGCUGGAGUCCUUGCCUGAUCUGGUCCUGGAAUUUCCUGGUGUGGCCAUCCUAGAACAGCUGGCCCAGCAUGUGGCUUCGGCCAUCAAGAAGGUCUUCCCUCGCUCAGCCCUUGGGAAGCUCUUCCGGAAGCCCACACCACCCUCAAUGCUGGCUCGGCUGGGGAAAAGCAUCUCUUCCGAGUCCGCAACCCCCAGCAGUCCCUGUGGUGGCUUCUUGGAGACAUAUGAGGCUCUGUGUGACUACAAUGGCUUCCCUUUCCGAGAAGAAAUUCAGUGGGAUGUGGACACAAUCUACCAUCGUCAAGGAUGCCGCCAGUUUAAUCUAGGAGACUUCAGCCACCUUGGCAGCCGAGACCUGGCCUUGAGUGUGGCUGCCCUGUCCUAUAACCUGUGGUUCCGGUGCCUCUCUUGUGUGGACAUGAAGCUGAGCCUAGAAGUCUCAGAACAGAUUCUGUACAUGAUGGGUCAGUCAUCCCACCUAGAAGAGCUGGUGCUGGAGACCUGUGGCCUGAAGGGAGACUUUGUCCGGCGACUGGCCCACGCAUUGGCAGGACAUUCAUGUUCUGGGCUUCGAGAGCUUAGCUUGGCGGGGAACCUGCUGGAUGAUAGAGGUAUGGUUGCACUUGGCAGACACCUAGAACAACGGCCAGGAGCCCUCAGGAGACUCAGCCUAGCCCAGACAGGGUUGACAUCUCGAGGAAUGAGGGCUCUGGGCCGGGCAUUGGCCUGCAAUGCAGCCUUUGACUCUGCUCUGACACAUCUGGACCUUUCUGGGAAUCCUGGGGCACUAGGGGCUUCAGAGGACAAUGGGGGUCUCUAUAGUUUCUUGAGCCGUCCUAAUUUUUUGAUGUUCCUGAAUCUUGCAGGCACAGACGCAGCACUGGACACUCUCUUUGAAGCACUGUCCCGUGGCUGCUGUGCCAGCCUUACCCACCUGGACACUUCCAGGAAUGUCUUCUCUCGAUGCAAAUCCCAGGCUGCCCCUGCCCCACUGCAGCUCUUCCUCAGCCAUGCAGAGACCUUGAGGUACCUGGGCCUGGCAGGCUGCAAACUGCCACAUGAAGCGCUCAGGGCUGUUUUUGAUGGCCUGGCACUCAACACACAUAUCCAAGACUUGCACCUGGACCUCAGUGCUUGUGAGCUGCGCUCUGCGGGUGCCCAGGUGAUACAAGACUUAGUGUGUGAUGCAGGCGUUGUGAGCUCCUUGGAUCUGGCAGAUAAUGGCUUUGGCUCAGACAUGGUGACUCUUGUGCUAGCCAUUGGGAGGAGCCGGUCCCUGAGACAUGUAGCACUUGGAAGAAACUUCAACGUCCGGUGCAAGGAAACCCUGGAUGAUGUCUUGCACCGGAUCGUCCAGCUCAUGCAAGAUGACGACUGUCCCUUGCAGUCUCUGUCUGUGGCUGACUCGCGGCUCAAACUGGGCGCCAGCGUCCUGCUGCGAGCGCUGGGCACUAAUCCUAACCUGACCGCGCUGGAUAUCAGUGGCAACGCCAUGGGAGAUCCGGGCGCCAAAAUGCUGGCCAAGGCGCUACGAGUCAACACGCGGCUCCGGUCUGUGAUCUGGGAUCGGAACCACACAUCUGCUCUGGGGCUGCUGGAUGUGGCGCAGGCCCUGGAGCAGAACCACAGCUUAAAGGCUAUGCCUCUGCCUCUAAAUGACGUGGCCCAGGCGCAGCGCAGCCGCCCAGAACUGACCGCACGAGCAGUCCAUCAGAUCCAGGCCUGUCUCUUGAGGAAUAAUCGCGAGGAUCCCACCUCUUCUGGCCUCACAUCCUGCCUUCAGCCAUUGAAUUUGGUCUCAGAGCACUCAGAGCAGGAGGUGAAUGAGCUGUGUCAGUCAGUGCAGGAGCACAUGGAGCUGUUGGGCUGUGGAUCUGGGCCCCAGAGUGAAGCUGCUGUACACCAAGCAGAGGAUGCCAUUCAAAAUGCCAACUUUUUUCUCAGUAUUCUCCCCAUUCUAAAUGAAGCUGGGAACUCCCCAAGCCAUCACUGGCAGUGGAGGCAGAAGCUGGAGGCCCUUCUGGAACAGCUGGGUGAGGUUUGCCACAAGGACAUCCAGGACUUCAUUCAGGCCAUACUGGACACAAGGAGCCUCUGCCCCCAGAUGCUGCAGGGACCUGGCUGGAAAAAGCAACUAGAAGGGGUUCUUGUGGAUUCAAAGGGCCUCCCAGGGUUGCUUCCAGAGCAGCUGCUGCAAGAUGCCUUCAUCAGACUCAGGGAUGUGCGCCUAUCUGAGAGACAAUGCAGGACCCUUGCAGAGAGCAUUGUAGCUCAGGCUCUGGCAGGCCUGAAUGCAGCCCGGGAUCGGCUGGUGGAGAGCCUGGCUCAACAGGCACCAGUAUCAAUGCCCCCUGACCUCCCAGCACUGGAUGGAGGUGAGCCAAGCCCCCUGGAGCCUGGGGCAUUGGAAGGUUUUUUCUUCCUUGAGGACAAGGAAGAGAAGCAGGAUGAAAGUCCUCUGAGGAAGUGGCCUGAGCACAACCACUGUCUUCACUGGGUCUCCUUCGAUCACAGUGCUGCUGAGGAAGCAGAGCCGGAGCCCGAGCUGGCGGCUCCGGGAGAAGAUGCUGAGCCGCAGGCGGGGCCGUCCGCGCGCGGCUCACCGAGCCCCGCCGCUCCGGGGCCCCCGGCGGGCCCGCUGCCUCGCAUGGACCUGCCGCCCGCCGGUCAGCCCUUGCGCCAUCCGACCCGGGCCCGGCCACGGCCACGCCGCCAGCACCAUCACCGCCCGCCGCCUGGGGGCCCCCAGGUUCCCCCAGCCCUGCCGCAGGAAGGGAAUGGGCUCAGUUCCCGCGUGGACGAGGGCGUGGAGGAAUUCUUCUCCAAAAGGCUGAUCCAGCAGGAUCGCCUUUGGGCCCCCGAGGAGGACCUGGCCACCGAAGGGGGUGCCACUCCUGUCCCCCGUACACUUCGAAAGAAGUUGGGCACCCUCUUUGCCUUUAAGAAGCCUCGUUCAACACGGGGUCCACGGCCUGAUCUAGAGACCAGCCUUGGUGCAGCUGCCCGCACCCGGAAAACAACACUUGGGGACCUACUGCGGCCUCCAGCCCGUCCUGGCCGAGGUGAGGAGCCUGGUGGGGCUGAGGGGGGCCCUAGCAGCCCUGACCCUGCCCGCAGAAGCCGGCCUCGGUACACAAGGGAAAGCAAGGCCUACUCAAUGAUACUGCUGCCUGCUGAGGAGGAGGAGACACUGAAUGCCAGACCUGACAAGAGACGGCCCCUAGAACGGGGAGACACAGAGCUGGCCCCAUCCUUUGAACAGCGGGUACAAGUUAUGCUGCAGAGGAUCGGUGUGAGCCGGGGCAGUGGGAGUGCUGAAGGCAAGAGGAAGCAAAGCAAAGAUGGUGAAAUCAAGAAAGCUGGCUCAGAUGGUGACAUUAUGGACAGCUCCACAGAGACCCCGCCCAUCUCAAUCAAGUCCCGAACUCAUUCUGUGUCUGCUGACCCCUCAUGUAGACCUGGCACAGGGGCACAGGGGCCUGAGCCUGCCACCUGGAAGACACUAGGGCAGCAGUUGAAUGCAGAGCUGAGAGGCCGUGGUUGGGGCCAACAGGAUGGUCCAGGCCCACCCUCACCUUGUCCCAGCCCAAACCUCCGCAGAGCCAGCCCUGCCCCAGACAUCCUGGGUCUUCCAGAGGAUCCUUGUUUGGGCCCCAGGAACGAAGAUGGCCAGCUGAGGCCGAGGCCUCUUUCGGCAGGGCGACGAGCAGUGUCUGUGCAUGAGGACCAGCUCCAGGCCCCUGCUGAACGGCCCCUGCGGCUGCAGCGCUCCCCAGUCCUCAAGCGAAGACCAAAGCUCGAGGCACCACCAUCCCCAAGCCUAGGAUCUGGCCUUGGAACUGAGCCUCUGCCCCCUCGGCCCACAGAGCCCUCCAGCCCCAGCCCCGAGCAGAACCCACCCUCCCCAGCCACAGACCAAAGAGGCGGCGGCCCCAACCCCUGAUCCUCUCCUCUCCUGCCGCAUGA